UGCACAGGAAGUUGCGGUUGGGUGUACAGAAACUGUUUCGUGCGUGUGUGUGGGGAAGUUAGCAAAAAGUCCAUUUUCGCAGCUCUGCUUAUUUCUGUCGUGGUCUAAUUGCUGGAUUUCUGCAAGUGGUGUUUGUAUUCAUAACUAAUACAGUCUGUGGCUUUAGAGUGACAAAUAGAAGCAUGAAGCUGGAGCUUCCAGAAAGAUUUGAAGACGUUGCCAUCGAUUUUUCAAGGGAAGAAUGGAAGCUGUUAACCAAGCCUGAUAAAGAACUGCAUAAGGAGGUUAUGGUACAGAAUUAUGAGCAUAUGGUUUCAGUAGGAUAUAGGGUGCCAAAGAAGCAGCUGUUGCAACUUUUUGAAAAACAUGUACCUGAGUCUUUGGAAGAAGCAGAAGCCCUGCCUCAGCCGAAAGUAUCUGAUGAUGACUCCAGCAAAUACAAGGUUUCAAAGAAACCACUGUUAUCGCUGAUUGAGAAACGUGAAAAAAUUGUACCUGAGAAAUGUGAAAAACUUGUACCGGAGACUGUGAAAAAAGCCACAAUCCUGGUUCUAAAAAAUAUAUCGGAGGAUCCCUCCAGCCGUAAGUACAUGGUUGCAUUAUAA